AUGGAUGGAGUUAUUGAAGCGAUAGUUGCCGUGUUCAACUUAGUGAGAAGUCUCGGGGACGUGGUGAGGGUGGAGUUGGCGGCCAGGGAUCAAGUGAUUGCAGGUCUCAGGGAGGAGCUGAGGGAGGAAAGGGAAAGAAACAGGCGUUUCAGGGAAGAGGUUGUUCGAAAUGUGAACAACCUCUACCAGGAGACUUUCCACAGCGACGCUCCCUGGGAGGAAGAUCCCAGCCCACCCCCCAGCCCCGAUGACGACACCUCCUCCAUGGAGGACGAUGCCUCCACCUCCAUGGAGGUGGACGAUGAUGAUGACGACGAUGAUGAUGACGACGACGAUGAUGAUGAUGAUGACGAUGAUGAUGAUGAUGGUGGCGGAGACGCCCCCGCUCUCCUGGACGUGCCCGGAGCCCAAAGUCCAAGGGUUUCCGGGGCCCCAACUUCAAGGCGUCGAAUGUGGGGAGCCACCACGUCCAGGAGGCAGUCAGGUAUUUUUAACCCUCCUUUUGCUCCAUCAGACUCCCCAGCGCCGGAAGGAGGCCGCACAGAGGACGCAGCCCCUGACACGCCCGUCUGCCCGGUGAUCAUCACGGUGACUCAACCGACUCCGCCCGAGGAGGGAUUUACCGAGCAGAACGGGGCUCAGGAGGAGGAGGUGGAUGAGCAGCGCGAGCCGGACGACGACGACCCAGGGAGGGACGGAUCAACGGACGCUGCCCUGCACGCCGAUCCCGCGGACCCCCCGCCCGACGACGACGACGACGAGGACGACUCGUCUCCACCGAGUCCUCCCCCGCCGUCGCCGUCGUCGGGCUUGGGGGCCCGAGGGACCCGCGUGCGCCGGCAGGUGCAACUUUACCAGGCGCCCGCCGACUCCCUGCGCCGCCGCCCCCGGCUCCCGCCUCCCAGCCGCCGCCCCCGCCGUCGUGGAGACGUGCGGGAUAUCCGCAGGGUGCGGCCCUCCCCGAGUCCGCCUUCCAGCGACUGA